UUGUCAUAGUAGUGAAGCUGAAGAAGAAAGAAGUCUGAAGUGAUAGUGAAGUGAUAACUAGCUGUGUUUAUUUUUGAUAAAACUAAAAAAUUUAUGAUUGAAAUAUUAUUUGUACUUAACUAGUGUAGUAUUUCUACGAGUAUAACACAAAAUAAAGAAUUUGGGUAUUGCAGAAAAAUAUUUUCAUCACACUUCACAAAUAUAAUAAACAUGCCAAAAGUGCGAAGAAGUAAAAAGUCUCCUCCAGAAGGAUGGGAGCUUAUUGAACCAACUUUGGAUGAACUUGAACAAAAAAUGAGAGAAGCUGAAACAGAAUCUCAUGAAGGGAAGAGAAAAAAUGAGUCUUUAUGGCCAAUUUUUAAGAUUCACCAUCAAAAAUCGAGAUAUAUCUUUGACUUAUUCUAUAGAAGAAAAGCCAUAAGUAGGGAAUUGUAUGAUUACUGCUUGAUGGAAAAUAUAGCUGAUAAAAAUUUGAUAGCAAAAUGGAAGAAACAGGGAUAUGAAAGUUUAUGCUGCCUACGAUGCAUACAGACAAGGGAUACUAAUUUUGGAACAAAUUGUAUUUGCCGUGUACCUAAGGCAAAGCUAGAGGAAGGUCGAAUUGUUGAGUGUGUCCAUUGUGGCUGUAGAGGAUGUUCCGGAUAGAUAUUUGUUAUAAAAAUGAAUUUAUAAAUAUAUGUAUAUCUAUUCACUAUAAUGUAAUUUGUAUAGGCUAGUAUCGAUUAUUUAUAAUUAAUUUGUUAAACUUUAUUUAUUGUAUUAAAUUUUAUUUCUGUGAAAAAUCAUAAAAUACA